GGACUGGGCCUACCGGCAGCAGGAAUUUGAGAAAGCCCUGUGUGAAUACUCAAACUGCUUACUGCUCUUACCUCCCAGUAACAUUGCAAUGAGACGAGAUGUCCAAGAGGGCCAGGCUCGGUGUUUAUCUCGCCUAGGAAGGCACAAGGAGGCUCUGGAUAUUGCAGAAAAAAUGAGAAACGGCGCUACUAACACAGAUCACUUGACAACGGUUCUCAACCUGCAGUUUGCCAUUUACCAGGGUCUAGAAAAUGUAGAAAAAAAGAUCACGUGUCUGCAGCAACUGAUCUGCUUACAUCCUUUCAACCCUUGGUACUGGAAGUUACUUGCUGAAGCUUAUAUGAGCCUUUUACAAAAUUUGUCUCCAUUAGUCAUUCCAGCAACAAAUCUAAAUCAGUCUGAAGAGGUUAGUGUAAGUGAUAGUAGUUUCAAAACAUCAACUGGAAGAGAGAUUAAUUUGCAGCCUCACAGAUCAGACGGCCAGGAAGAAGGCCCUUGGUCCAGCCUUGCUACAGAAACAAAGAGGGAGAAUGCAGUGACUUGUAGGAGCAGCCAAGCUGUAAAAGAAUUCCUCUGCACUUCUGAAGAACUGGAAAGGAUGGAUGAAGGGAAAUACGCAGCCUCCGAGUCCUGGGAGCAGAACACGUCGAAGAAAGUUGGGAUAAAGGCAUGUGCCUCGUUUAUUAGAGCAAGGCUUUUACUUCAGCUUACCCAGUUGCAACAGUCAUCCUUUGUGCUAGAGAGUAACGUAAAAGGUCAAAAAGAAAUUGAUGACAAAGUGGCACGACUUGGUUUCAAUGGAAACUCCUUGCUGUUGAUGACCAAGGUUAUGGGGCAGGAUCUUAUACCAGAAAAACUAAAAGAGGAAUUUCAGGGUGAAGUAAAAUGCAUAGGCCCUUCAGCCCUGUCAUCAUUGGUAACUGCAUCAGCCACAGAAUUUGAAAUCAAAUGGUUUGGUAAUCUCCAAGAUGAUUUAUGUCACUUUGACAGACAAUUCUAUUCAGAUAUAUAUCUCCCACCUUUGGUAACUUAAAGGUUUUGUUGUAUUUAUUCUCUUAUCUCCAAAAGAUUAUGGAAUGAUAUAUGCAAUAAAGUUCAUAUUACAUUUUUUAAGAAUUCUUACUGUAUAUCUUUUAAGAAUAUAUAUAAAUCUCUGCAUUU